GAAGGAUAUCUUGGCCUCCCUACAGAAGCUGAUUAUUCGGAUCUAUGUAAUGAUUUAUCCCACACCAUGAUCACAUAUUGAUACGAGAUUUAGACAGAUUCAGCCAAUAAGUGGACAGAUUUGUUCAGGGAACAUCAGCGUUGGCGUCAAACAUGCGCAAAAAUUCACGCUAUCAAAGCAGAGAAUCGCCGUGAACGGAAUGAUCGCUUCUCACGUGAAGUCACUCUGAUUGUUUGUUUUUAAAGGAAGCGACAGGUAUAUCGACCCCGAAAACACCCGCAGCCGAGAGUCCGAAGUGGGAACGACCGCUGACAUCCGCAGAAUAUCUGGAAAUACGGUGUCCUGAGCCAUGGGGGCCUUCUUGGACAAACCGAAGACAGAGAAACAUAAUGCACACGGGGCAGGAAAUGGUCUCAACUUCGGCCUAAGUAGCAUGCAGGGAUGGCGGGUCGAAAUGGAGGACGCACAUACAGCUGUGGUUGGUCUGCCGCAUGGCCUGGAUGACUGGUCUUUCUUUGCGGUGUACGACGGUCACGCAGGUUCUCGUGUGGCCAACUAUUGUUCCAAACACUUACUGGAGCACAUUAUUACCAGCAGCGAGGACUUCCGCUCAGGCCCUGACUCGGUGGAAGGCGUUAAAAUCGGCAUUCGCUCAGGCUUUCUGAAGAUCGAUGAGUACAUGCGCAACUUCUCAGACCUACGUAACGGUAUGGACCGUAGUGGUUCCACAGCAGUCGGUGUGCUGGUGUCUCCCGAGCACCUCUAUUUCAUCAACUGCGGUGACUCCCGUGCUGUGCUGAGCCGCGCAGGACAAGUGCGGUUCUCCACACAAGACCACAAACCGUGCAACCCACGUGAAAAAGAGCGCAUUCAGAACGCAGGCGGUUCUGUGAUGAUCCAAAGGGUGAAUGGUUCUCUGGCUGUGUCGCGCGCUUUAGGGGAUUAUGACUACAAGUGUGUGGACGGAAAGGGCCCAACUGAGCAGCUGGUAUCUCCGGAACCGGAGGUGUUCGAAGUCCCACGCGUUUCAGACGAGGAUGAGUUUGUGGUGCUCGCCUGCGAUGGCAUCUGGGACGUGAUGAGCAAUGAGGAGCUGUGUGAUUUUGUGCGCUCUCGCCUGGAGGUGUGGGAUGACUUGGAGAAAGUCUGCAACUCUGUGGUUGACACCUGUUUACAUAAGGGAAGCCGUGACAACAUGAGUGUUGUUCUAGUAUGUUUCCCUAAUGCACCGAAGGUAUCAGAGGAGGCUGUUAAGAAAGAGGCAGAGUUGGAUAAGUUCCUGGAGGCCCGUGUUGAAGAACUAAUGGAGAAGUCAGGGGAGGAAGGCAUCCCAGAUCUAAGCCACAUCAUGCACAACCUUCAUCCUGAAACCAUCCCCAACCUGCCACCAGGAGGUGGUCUACCUAGCAAACGUAGUGUAAUUGAGGCCGUUUACAACAGGCUAAACCCACACAGAGAAGAAGAUGGGAGCGGAGGAGACCUUGACGACCCCUGGUAGCCCCCGAGCAGCCGGCAGCUUCUGAAUCCACAUGAGAAUGUCCUCAAUUCACACAAGAAAACCCUUGCUCACACACUUUGUUUGGUUUCGAUUCAGAGAGCGUCAUAGGAAAUGUUAAACGACAGGUCUGGGAAAACACACGCUUGUUUUUAAGAUGAAAAAACUACAGAAAUGUUUUUUUUGUUUUGUUUUUUUUAAACGGAAAUUGUUUGGUAGAUUUAUUAUUACUCCCCUCACCCCCCUCCCUCCCUCCCUCCCUCUUGAAGUUGGCGUCGAUUGUGAAUGACGCGACUGCUUGAGCAGAAGUUGAAGGACAUGCUAAUUUGUGGGCGUGUUCUUGGCUGGAGGAGGGCGGGGCAGGUGAGCCCUGAGAGGGACAGGGACCCUCAUUCAGACUCUGCUCUAUUUCAACCCCUUCACACCACGCAUGUGCAGCUUUUUGGAGGCAUGAUCUCAAUUCUUGUUCACCGUUUCUGCCACCCCGCGCAUCUCUUUCAGUCUCUACCCAACCAGCUGGACACAGAAAUGUAACGUAUCUCUUGUGGAUUUCUUUUCUUGGAUUUUUAUUUUUCAUUUGUUUUGUUUUGGGGCGAAUUUCUUCUGGUGUCAUUCGUUUUGGUGCUUGCUGUUAAAUGCGAAGACUUAAAUGUUUAAACAAUAUUCUAGGACACUCAUCUUGACAGCAGGAGCGGCCCAAAAUGGAGGGAACUUUAUUUGGAGGAACUUGUCACACUGACUUCCUUGUUCAAGAAAAAAACUGAACUCCUCCAUUUUGUUUUCCGAUUCAUACACGUUGGGUUUCUCCCAUCAGCUUGCCUUCUGGUUUGUGGUUUUUCCUCUAACAAAAACGCUCAACUAGUUUCCCCCUCCAUCAUUUUGACGCAUUUCUAUAUUUUUUUUGAUUACAGAUUAUAUGGUGUAAUUGGUAUCGUUUGAUUGCACUCACAUUCGAUGACGAAAAACAAAAUGAAAUACUACAAAAAAACAAAACGACUAUAUGAAAGAGAAACUAUGAGAAGGUAGUUAGAGUAUUUCUAAAGUCAAACUGCAGAAAUAUGUAUGUGUAUAUAGCUAUAUAUAUAUUUUUCUCCUUUAACAGCGGAGCGAAAGAGUGGAAGGGGACGCUCUCUCCUCGGACUGGCUGAUAGGUACUUGAAUAUUCAUUAUGAGUGGAUUAAUUCUUUAUUUUUUUUUGGUGAUCCUUAAUGUAGGAUUGUUUUUGAAUCGUGCCUGUAAAAGGUGAACCAUGCUGUAAGGGUGUACUUACAGGACAGUUGGCUAUAUGGAUGAAUGUACCCCUUAUUCACACUGAUAUUCGUACGUAUACCUUCACCCAUUUGUACAUGCUCAUGCGUAACCCUUUCAUUUAUCGUUUGAUUAGCUUCGUCAUAGACAUUCACGCUCUUAACUCCAUUUACUUCACACAUGAGUUUUGGUUCUGCCCUGUGACAUGCUUUGGAGGCCUUCGUUUUGUUCUUUUCCUCCCCACUUUUUGUUUGUUUAUUCAUCGACUUCACCUGCUCUGGUGUGUAGCUUUAAAUGAGUGUUUAAUUGAAUUUUAUAAGAUGAUUGUUUAUGUAUGUAUAUAUAUUUUUGCAGUUUUUUUCCCCCCUCUCCUGGUACACAUAAAUCAUAGCCAUAUGCUGAAUAGAUUGAGUCCGUUUCCAGUCGAGAUGGUAAGAGAUAUAUUUUAUGCGCUGAGUGCUCAAAUGCGUUGUCUAUAUCAACACUUAUUGAAUAACUGAGACAAAGUAUUUUAUUUAUUCCACGUCUGCUGGCUUGAGAAGAGAGGGUUUCACCAGAGGGGGAAACUACUGUCCUGUGUGUUUUGGAGAGUGUGAUUUAAUAAUUUUUUUUCUUCUUCUUCUUGCUCUCACGUCCUUCCUCUAUUUCUCCUCGGAUUCUCUCUAACCACCCGAUGAGCCCAUGUAAUGAACGUCCCCAGUAUGAUGUUGUGAUGUUUCAGUAGCAAACAGUGAAUAUGAUCUCUUCUCCUCAAUAAAGGAUUGCUAAAGUUUGAUGUUAA